AUGGACCCUGUCCUCCUUCAGCUUCUGUCUCACCGUCUGCGUCAGGCCCAGCUCCAUGUAGUCCAGCCUCUGCCUGUCAUACGGAGGCCAGGUUCCCUCGGGGAUGUCGACGGCGAUGAAGAAAACACACCGGACAACCUCAGCCUAUCAGGCGAGGAGGGAGGAGCCUCGGAUCCAGAUGAUUCAGCAGAAGGGGACAGCUCCAGCCCCCCGCAAUACACAUCGCUAUACAACGAAGAGCCGAGGACGCAGGACUCUCGAGGAGGCCCCGAUGAUGAAGAUGAGGACGGGGAGGAGCACGGUCCGACACAGAGCAAUGGAGAGGAGGAAAAGGACGGGGAGGAAGAGGAGGAGGCGGUACACUGGAGGGGUCCAGAUGACCUGGAGCUGAGUGAGGAGGGCGGUGACAGCAGAGUGGUGGCUGGCAGGGACCUCCAACCAGACACGAUGUGGGGCCCCUACCCAGGUAUCCUCCAAUCAGAGGGCAGCACAGAUGAUCAGGAGACGGAGAACUCUCAGUUGACUCUGGUGUGUGAAGAUCCCGACUGGUUGGAUGUCCUGCUCCCUCUGACCUCCGUCGUCUCUGCUGCCAACUGCACCAUCUACAGCCGAGGUGAGCAGCUGUUCUGUAAGGUGACCAGAGAGCGUGCAGCUGGUGAAAGGACCCUGGCUUCUCUGUCGCCUCCUGCGGGCUCCUCGUCCCCUCCCCGCUGGCCCAGCUCUUCUCCUCCGCUCAGCCUCGUCACGCAGAAGCAGCCUGUGGAGAAGGAGGAGUCGCUGUACCCGGCGGCCCUGCGCUCAGACAUCCAGCUCCUCCCACAUCAGGCUGGCAUGGCUGCCAUCUUGGCUACUGCGGUUGUCAACAAGGACAUUUUUCCAUGCAAGGACUGUGGGAUCUGGUACCGCAGUGAGAGGAACCUGCAGGCCCACCUCAUGUACUACUGUGCCAGCCGUCAGAAGCAGCCAGCUGCAGCAUCGUCCCCGCCACAAGACAAACCCAAGGAGUCUUACCCUAAUGAACGCAUUUGCCCCUUUCCUCAGUGCAACAAAAGUUGCCCCAGUGCCAGCUCACUGGAGAUCCACAUGCGCACACACAGUGGUGAGCGUCCAUUUGUCUGUCUCAUCUGUCUUUCAGCCUUCACCACUAAAGCAAACUGCGAGCGCCACCUUAAGGUACACACAGACACACUGAACGGGGUGUGUCAUGGCUGCGGAUUUGUCUCCACCACAAGAGACAUCCUCUACAGCCAUCUGGUCACCAGCCACAUGGUUUGCCAGCCUGGAUCUCGCAGUGAGGUCUACUCCCCAGGGCCAGGCCUUCCUAAGCUGCCCCUGUCCACUGGUCUCAGUCCAGGAGACUCUGGCGUGGUGCUGAAGUGUCAAGUGUGUGGCCACAACUCUGACUCCCCUGCCCAACUUCAGCAGCAUGUACGAACCCAUCUAGAAGUCAGGGUCCCGGCUGAAAGGAGCCCCACCCCUCGUCAAAGUACCCCGUCAUCAACUGACCACCCCCAGCUGCAGCCGUCUCCCCACGAGAGGGAGCCCUUAGCCUGUGUCCCUACACCAGACUCAUCCAGCCCUGGUGCAAACGGCGGUUCAGCCACACCUCGAGAUUACAGUCCUCCCAAUGCAUCAACAAUUGAAGUAAAGAUCAAAGAGGAGCCUCAUUCGGACUCAGAGACAGAAGAGCAGCAAAUGAAGAUUAAGGAGGAUGAAGAGGAGGUUGGUGGGGAGGAGGGAGAUCAAGAGGCAAGACUUGAGACAAAGGAGGGGCAAAUUUCCACAGGCUCCUGCCAGACAUCGACCUCUCCCAAGAGUCCAGCCACCGCAACUGUGAAGGCAGAACCAACCAGCCCUACCCCUGGUUCUAGCCCUGCACAUGUGGGAGGUGCAGGGUCAGUUCUUCCUGGAGGAGCAAUGUUCUUGCCUCAGUACAUGUUUAAUCCUGAGGCAGCAAUUUUGCCUCAGGCCUCCGAGAUACUGGCUAAAAUGUCAGAGAUGGUCCACAGCCGUCUGAAACAGGGCCAGACUGUUCCUCAGAACAACCCAGCGGCCUUCUUUCCAUCUGGACCGACUGCACCUACAGCCACAGCAACACCGCCUCACAAAGGAGCCACCUGCUUUGAGUGCGAUAUCACCUUCAAUAACAUCAACAACUUCUAUGCACAUAAGAGGCUGUACUGCUCCAGCAGGCACCACGGAGAAGGUGCAACCUCGGCGUCAGGCCCUGGAUCGACAAGGGAUGCAGCCCCAGCCACAAUGCCUUCUGCUGGGGCACAUGGCUCAUCUGCAUCUCCUCAGGGUGGAGCAGCAAGUCGAGCAGCCUCUGCCUCUCCUACUGACUCUGACCCUCCGGCAGGUAGUGGAGCAACAGAGUCCAAGAGGGUUGUGGAGGUGAAGACAGAAAGCCUUGCAGGGCGAGAGGGAAUAUCAUCCUCCUCUGAAGGGGAAGGUGGAGGUGGUAGUGUGGGAGGAGGAGGUGGAGGAGGAAGGGCAAGCGAAGGCAGCCAGAGUCCUGCUAGUGGUUCUGCAGAGGACCAAGAAGAGGAUCCCAAUAGGACCUUCUGCGAGGCCUGCAACAUCCGCUUCAGUCGUCACGAAAACUACACUGUUCACAAACGCUUCUACUGUGCAUCACGCCAUGACCCAACCAAUCAGCGAGCCGUACACAUGGCCAAGGCAAACACCACAGCAGCCUUCCUUCCUCAGCCCAUCCGCAAACGCAAGAGGAAGAAGAUGUACGAGAUUCACAUGGCCAGAACAGAAGCCUUAGCCAACGCUGCUGCUGCAGCUGCCGCUGCUGCUGCCUCAGCUGCUGCCUCUGCGCCAUCUCCAUCUGUUCUGGGUUUGGCAGUGAAGCAAGAAGUUUCUCCCAGCGGGGCAGGCAGCUCCAGCCCUGAAGGAGAUGGUCCGAUUGACCUUAGCAAGAGGCCCCGUCUGAGUGAGGUUCCACGGCACAGCAGCAGCAGUAUUCUUCCUGCCCUGCCUCUUACUGACUACCACAAGUGCACCGCCUGCAGUAUCAGCUUCAACAGCAUCGAGAACUACCUUGCUCAUAAAACCUACUAUUGCCCUGCCACCACCCUCCAGCCCCACACCUUGGAGCAGCUCCACAGGCUCAAGAGAUCAGCCUCUACCUCUCCCAAAAGCAGGCCUCAGCAGGAGCGCCCGGACCUCCUGCACCCUAUGGAGGCCAAAGCUCUGCCCGCUGAGUGGGUUGCCCAGGUUCAAGGCACAUCAUCCAGUCCUCACCCCUCUGCCUUACCGGCCUCCGACGCCACAUCUCCUCCACAUACGACCACCACCCUUGCAGCCACCCCAGGAGCUGGAGCGAAAGGUGCAGGCGCCAGUUCCUCUCAAGUAGUUUGCCCAUACUGCCCAAACAGAAUCAUCACCUGUGACCUGAUGGAGCACUUCAAGACUACCCACGGCCUGGUUGUAACCAUUCAGCCACCCCAGCCGGGCAGUGCAGUCAGCCGCAGCCCCAGCCUUAGUCCCAGGGAUGGGGCUUCUGCAAACACCUCCGCCACCCCAACCAGCCAGCCAAGACUGGUCACCAGAGUUCACAGAGACAGCAUCAACGGGCAGGCAAGGAGUGCUACAACUUCUCCCGUCUCACCGCUGGUAAACGGCAGCCCUUCAGCUGGAGGCGCAUCCCCUUCAGCUGGCUCACCUCUACCCGUGUCUCCCCCAAGGGCUCCCUCUCUGACUUUGUCACCUGUGCCUGAGGUCCUGAGGGAGACGGUGGGGUCGUCCCACCUUCCAGACAAGGCGGUCCCAACCGCAGCCUCCCAUCCCGUCCCCACGCCCCAGCCUGCCGCCACCAUCGGCCCCAAAACAGUGAUCUCCCCUGUCCUGAACGGUAACUCCCGCUUCUGUCGGCUCUGCAACAUCAAGUUCAGCAGCCUCUCCACGUUCAUAGCUCAUAAGAAAUACUACUGCUCUUCCCACAGUGCCGAACAUGUCAAAUGAGCUGAGUAUUUCUCUUUGUCCUUUCCCCCUUCCUUAAUUUCUCUGAGUGGAGGCUUUCCUUCACGAGGUUCCUAGAAGCUCAGAUGUCCCCCCUCCUCUGCCAGCCCUCCCACAUGGCUGCCAAUUGGCGCUCAGCUGGCACGACCACGAAUUGCAAUGAAUGACUGUUACUCACCUGGCAGGGCCUGAUGCCCAACGGCUCCAGAACAGAAUUUGCAGGUGGUGUUACGUACAUACAUGAACUGAUAUUCCUCCUCUGAUGGGUCAAAGUUUGUAGUACACUAAGAGCUGAGACAGAUGCUACCUGCACACUGCUGUGCCCUUGUCCCCUCAGUCACUCUCUGUCCUUACACCCCGGUCACCAAUUCAGCGUCUACCACUCCCAGGCCUCACGGUAUGUUGCGUUACGAGAUGUUAAAAACAUUCAUGUCAACAGCCUGUUUUCUGUCUCUCUGUUGAACUGUCAGUGAUUCGAUUCUGACUGCUGGAGGCGUUUCUGACUGAUGAUGAUCCAGUAAUGAUGAUGCUGAUUAUGAUGAAUCUCCAGUCUUCUCCUGAGCUCUUAAUGUUCCCGACCGAAACAGAGGAAUCAUUUCUCUCGUGUGGAAAAGACUUGAUCAUUGUUAAUGUUUUUAUUAUCUGUGCAUAGUGUAUGAUGUCUGAAGAAAAAAAAAGAAUUAUAUAAUGCUUUUGGUUUCAACACUGGCUCUUUUUUGCUUACUAGAGAAGCUAAAGCGUUUUUAGCUAAAAAAAAAAAAACAAAUAUGUGGUAUCACAAUGUUACUAAUUACUGAAGGAUAAUAUUUCAAAAUGGACAGUUUUUUUUCUUUCAUACACACAAAUUUUUAUUUUCUCUUUAAAAUGCAAGGGAGAAAAAAAUGUGAAAUAUUUAUCUUUUAGUCCUCACUGAUUUCAUGUCAACAGAAAACUACCUACCUGGUGUCUGAGAGUACUUGUAUUUUUUAUUUGUAUAUUUUUCAUACUGUUGGAAGGAACUGUUUGGAUCUGGGUGUGUUGAAGUGUAUUUUCUAAGUGUAGAUAUGUAAUAUUUUUCUCACAGUAAUCACUGGGAUCACACUGAACUUUGUUAUCACGUUAGCAUUUGGUGUUUCUGUUUAUGUCGUCUUUAAUUGAUGGUGAGGUCUGAAAACCAGCGCUGUUUAUUUUCAUCCCCUCUUGCACCUCACUGAUGAGCAACACGAUUAGAUCAGAACAGUGUCCUCACUUACAGCUUUUCUCAAGUAGAAGGGAACGCUUCUGGUAAUGUCGUGUUUACACUUUGGUGAGAAUGAUGUAGCCUCCCAGAUUUCAGGCUAUACAAAAUCCACAUUUUCAAUCAAAAGUUGAUCUUUUUUUCUUUAGUUUCCAGCCUCCUUACAAUGCAAAGUAUGACCAUUACGGACACACAGCUUUACUUUAUUUUUUGCACACUGCCAUUUCAUACUAAAGAUACACACAGUAAAAUGCUUCGUGUCUACAUCUUAAAAGAUGAUAUUUCUCUUCUAAAUUAUUGUGUUUUUUUCCGGCAAUGAAGGCAAAGCAGGGAACAUCUUUGUACGUCUCACACAGCAGAGAAAGCACAUAUGUAUAACCCACUUAAUGUGGCCUGUGGUGUGAGCAAGUGCUUUUCCUCUCACUUUAAUGCUCUCACUCACGCUGUUUACGCCAUGUUCCCGUGCUGCUGUUGCAGUUGCAAUACAGUGUUAGUUAGAACUGUGAAAUGUUUUUUCUUUUCAAAAUUGAUUCAAACUUACCCAUGUAAGGGCCAUAUUUCAUUUAUUAAGGCUCACACUUGAUUUUUUUUUUUUUUAAUUGACGCUGAUGAUAUUGCAUCCAAAUUUGUUUUUUCUCUCCCAAAGUCUAAAAAAGUACUCUUGUACAGCAUUUGGACCUUUAUGAUACGCUAGAACUACAGAGUUAUAAAACUUUAUUAAAUGAUAGCAAGUUCUGAGGACAGUCCUCACUACUGAAGGGAUUUUUCUGGUCAGCACGAGAGCACAUCAACCAACUAUGAGACCGUUUUCCUAAAAUGCUGACAUCGGUCAAACUGUAAAGCUCCAAACACAGAGCAGAUCUGGACCUGGACCUGUUUAUUCAGUAGUAGUAUUUUUAAAAAAAAACACCAAAUCAAGUCUUGGGAGAAAUAUUGUCACACCUGUUGAAGUUUUUUUUUGGUCACAAGGGGACAACAGAAUAAGCUGUAAACACAACAUUGACAUGUGCAAAGUUGGCAAUUGUGGCAAAGUGAGCUUCUCAGCUGAUUAAUGUUCACCCCAUCUGUCCGUUCCCUAAACUGGAAACCAAAUGUAACGAUUUUUGAACAUAAUUCAAAUAUGAUAGAUUUUGCUCGGUUGUGGUUGGAGCAGCACUGUAUCAGGCACAUCUUACUACUAAGUGUUUACAGUUGUGCUGGUCUCUCUCAGUUCAAAAGAAGAGAGAGAAAAAGCAGAGGAGUCAAAUCAACUUGUCACAAUUUUAGUAACUGAGUGCUGGAAAAUCAUCCUUUGAAUUUGCCCCCUUUUAAUUGCACUGUGUUGUAUAAAAAUGUGCUGAAUGUUUUAGUUUUAGGGACUUUUUUGUAAUGUAUUUAUGUUAUACAGAACUUUUCCCCGUCCAAACCUUGAAGGACUUUCUGAAGAUUUUAACCCUCUCAUAAACCUUUUUUUUUUUUUUUUUUUUUUAAAUAGUUUUAAACAUGUUUUGUAAUGAUUCCACUAAUGUCCAUAAUGGAAAAAAUCACAAUGAAUGUCAAAACUUUUAUUUCCAUAUUUUUUUCAUUUCAGUUCCAUUACACUCUUGUCCAAACUAUGCAUGGGAAAUUAAAAAAAGUUCUGAGAGACACUGA